AUGAGAUGGGGCCUCCGGGAUGCCAUCGCUGUGGACCACAUGACCACAGAACUGUGUCUUCAGGAAAUACAGGCUUGCAAGAGAGUGUCUGUGGGACCAAGUUUCAUUGCUCUGCUAGGGAACCGGUAUGGCCACCGCCCUAUCCCCCAUGUCUUCUGUGGAAAACAAUUUGAGGUGCUGCUGUCCAAGCAACCACAGGACCAGGUGGGGCUUCUUCAUCAAUGGUUCAGGAAAGACAACAAUGCAGUCCUGCCUGUCUACGUACUUCAGGCAAUCACAACUCUGUUGCCCCACUACAAUGACCUUCGGCCUGACAGUGGGCGGCUGCAGGAAGACAAUGUCAUUUCCUGGCGCUACACAGAGGCUCGACUAUUGCAGCUCCUACGCACUGUGGCCGAGCAGGCUGAGGAAGACGGGGAUAUCACUGCUGAACAAAAACACCAGUUCUUCAAAUCUGUGACGGAGCAUGAGAUCGAAGAGGGUCUGCGAACACCGAAUGGGGACGAGAGCGAGCCCUCCGCCAUCCUCUUUGUGCGGGUGUUGCCCCACCUGCACAAGAAGGACAGCCCUAAGCAGCUGGCCCAGAACAUGGAUGUGACGGCUGAUGGCCUGCUGGAUACCGAGGCCCAGGACUUCUUCUCAGGCCUCAACAAGGGAGCCAUCGAGCCCAGCCGCAAGGAGCACGCACAGUACCUGGAGAGCCUCUGCGAGCAGCUUGUGUCCCAGACCAAGGCCCGCAUCUCCAGGAGGGUGGAUGCUGCUUCCCCAGUGGCUGGUGCAGUGAGGAUGAAGGGGACAGGAGGAGAUGCAGGGCAGGGGAGGGGCAGGGGGAUGGGGAGGUGGGAGGUGGGAGGGGAAGGGGAAGAAGACCGUGGCUGGCUGCUCCAGGAGCUGAGCCACCACAUGGCUCUGAGGGCCAGGAAGAGUUUGGCUGUGUUCCGCGGCCCUGAGGGGCUCCUGGGGAAGAUCUGCCUGGCCAUGUGGGAGCACACCAACGUCCGCCACGCGCCCCUGGUGGUGCAGGUGCUUCCGGGCGUGGGUAAGACGGCGCUGCUCUGCAAGCUGGCUCAGGAGGUGCGUGGCCUCCUGGAUCCCAGGGCCGUGUUGGUGUUAAGGUUUCUGGGGACGUCGGCCGAGAGCUCCGACGUGGACCGCGUCCUCCGGAGCGUCUGUUUCCAGAUCUGCGCUGCGUUCAGUUUGCUGCCGCUCCCCCCGCUAACAGCACACGUGCACGAGGACCUGGUGAGGUUCUUCCAUGGCCUUCUAGCUGAGGUGUCGGAGCGAGGACACACACUUCUUAUCAUACUAGACGCCCUCGACCAACUUUCGUACGCCACCCACAGUCAGAAACUCCACUGGCUUCCCAAAGACAUCCCCUGCAAUGUCCAUUUGGUGGUGUCCACCACGGAUACAGGCUCUUCGGUUUUGGCUAAACUUCGGUGAAUGGGCAAGGUGCCAGGAGAUUUAUUUGAGGUAGAACCCCUAUCAUGCGACCAGGGUAAAGAGAUCAUGGACGUCUACAUGAGGGAAGCGCAACGAAGCCUGACUCCAGAACAGUGUGAAGUGGCAAUGCAUAGCUUUCAGCUGAGUGGGAAUCCUCUGCAUCUGAAGCUAGUGCUGGACAUGGCCAGGCGACGGGAGUCCUAUACCUUCGUGACUGGCCUGUCGCUGAGCAGCAGUGCACAGGAAAUUAUGUCACACAUGCUCCAGGCCCUGGAGGAGAGGCACAGGAAGAAACUGGUUGGUGGUGCCUUGGGAUACAUCGUUUCAGCUAGGCACAACUUGGGAGAACCCCUCAUGGAGGGACAGGCCAAUGGCAUCAUGGUGCUCGACUUCCACCGCAGGCACCUGAGGUCAGAGCAGCGGGCUGAGAGACACAGGGUCCUGGCUGAGUACUUCCUGGGUAGCUGGUGCCAAGGCCGAUUCAAACCUAUCCUUCUACCAAUGGAUGCUGACCGCAAGGUGCCCCCUCAGCCCCUGUGGUUCGCUAAAGGAGUGGCUAAUGUCAAGAAGCUGCAGGAGCUGCCUUACCACCUCCUCAACGCAGGCCUCUGGGACGAGCUGCACCAAGAGGUCAUUGGUAAGGCCAAAGGUCACAUGCAGCAAGCGGAAAUAAAGUAG